AUGCCUGAAAAGAAAAGGAAUAUCAUCAUUAUCUGCCUUGAAUCAAUGGAUUCAACAUAUAUUUCCGUUAAAAAUGGAGGGUGCAUUGGUGGGUCAUUGAUUCCAUACAUGGAAGAGCUCGCUCUUGAUGAAAAUAAUGCUCACUUUUCGCAUUUGAAAUUUCCCAAACUUGGUGGAAUGAGAACAAUUCCAAGAACUGGUUUCACUUUGGGAGCAACAUUUGGAGCCCUGUGUGGCAUUCCUUAUUUGGGUUCAAACAAAUUUGGAGGACAAACUCAAGGUUAUCUAAAUGACUUAUCUUGUUUGAGUGAAUUACUAAAUGAUCAUGAAUACAUUACAUCCGCAACUUUUGGAUGUCCUUCCAGGGAUUGGGGAUAUGGUCAUAUUUUCGAAUACCACCACUACCAAAAAAUAAAUCCAUUAAAGGUAAUCCUAAAACAAUAUUCAAAAAGAUUCUGGUAUGAUGAUUAUAUUACUUACGACUUCUUCAAAGGCGAAGUCACUUCAUUGUCAAACCAAAAGAGACCAUUUUUCGCUUUCAUGUCAACUCUUGACACUCACGAACCUGGUUUUACAUGCAAGUUGUGUCCUGAAGGAGACAAUGACUUGUUUAGAGCAGUGAAAUGCGCAGAUAAUCAAUUGAAAAACUUUGUUGAAUGGUCAAAAAACCAGCCAUGGUACAAUGAUACUGUCAUCUUAGUAUUUGGAGACCACUUUUCAAGAGACAAUCAAGUAUAUACUCUAGCUCUUUCUAAGAACUAUGAAAGAACAACAUAUAAUAUUUUUAUUAAUCCUUCGGUAAAGCCGGAGAAAACAUUUGAAAGAGUGUUCACACCAUACGAUCUAAUGCCUUCUGUCCUUGCAGCCGCAGGAAUCAAGAUAAAAGGAGAUAAAUUGGGAAUAGGUGUAAAUCUUUUUUCAAAUAUUUCAACGCAUUUUGAAGCAUAUCAGGAAGAAUAUUUGAAAAGUAUGGGUGACACAAAUUAUUGGUAUGAUACCGUGAUAUUACAUAAGCCGGCAAUAUGUGAUGGAUAUAUCCCUUGUAUCAAUAUAGACAGAUCUGAACUUUAUACAAAUUAUACGGAAUUUAAUAAUACUAAAAUGGAUAGAGAUUGA